AUGAAGAUGAGCAGGUUGUCAGACGCCAUCACCGGAGGUAGGCAAGCAGCGGCGGUCCUCCCGACCUGGGUCGGGGGAAGUGCCCGCACUAAUGAUGAUAGGGGUGAUAUAAUCUCUCCUUGUGUAUAUGGAAAAGAGUUCUCCGAUCACCAAGAAAUCGAAGUAGAAAAACUUUUGAAGCUGCUCAACAAGCCUGCUCGUAAAUCCAUUAAGAGUGAAGAUGGAGAUAUAAUAGAUUGUGUCCCCAUACAUAGUCAACCAGCUUUUGAUCAUCCUCUACUUAAAAACCACACCAUCCAGAUGAGACCGAGCUUUAUACCAGAAAGUACGUCUAUGUACACCAAGACAAAUCCUACUCAGUACGCGAUUAUGAACUCCAGGCGAGGAAAGUAUUUCGGGACAAAAUUUCUAGUGAAUGUCUGGAAGCCAGAAGAAGUUCGCAGCAACGAGUUCAGCUUGGCUCAGACUUGGCUCGCGUCUGGACAUGGCGCUAAUAUUAACACAAUUGAAGCUGGUUUGCAGAGCGGCGAAAACUGGUGGCUAAGGGUUGGUGAAGAGCUUGUCGGCUACUGGCCUGGCGCGUUGUUUACUUCGCUAGGAGAUGGAGCUACGAGAGUUCAAUGGGGAGGUGAAAUCGUUAACGUGAAGACCGGUGGGAAACACACGAUCACCGACAUGGGAAGUGGUCAUUUCGCAGAUGAAGGUGUAAAGAAAGCUAGCUAUUUCAGAAAUAUUAUGACAGUUGAUGGAACCAAUACUCUGACAGAACCACAAGGAGUUUUCCCCAAGACUACAAAUGAUAACUGUUACAACAUUAAGGCAGGAGAUGGUGGAACUGCCUGGGGGCUUAAUUUCUUCUUUGGUGGUCCUGGCCAGAACGAGAGAUGCCCUUGA